AUGACGGUCCGCAGGACUCCCGUCUUUAUCGGAUCCGGUACCCGCCCUUCGGCCCGGCGACCGGAGGCUGAGACGGCGGUUCCGGAGAAGCUCAUCAAGCCCUGGAAACUUCCUCGACAAAACACGUAUCUGUUCGUCAACGCCAAUGUCGUUGAUACGGCCGAAGGAGAAGUCAUUGAAAACACCACGGUGAAGAUCUCGGACGGUCUUGUCGAGAGCGUGGGAGAGGCAUCGAGUGCUAGCUCCGGUGAUGCGAUUGUGGUCGACCUGAAAGGCAAAUACCUGUCGCCCGGGCUGAUCGACUGCCACGUGCACGUCAGCUCCGUGCCUGGAGAAGCCGGUCUCAAUGGCGGCUUCAACAUGGAUGCCACUGUGUCUCAUCUUCGGCAAUCGUUCGUUGUCGGCCGCAUAUUGAGCAAAGGCUUCACGACGGUUCGCGACACGGGUGGUGCCACUCUCGCACUGAAGGAGGCCAUCCAGGAUGGCGUGUUCCCUGGACCGCGCCUGUUCAUCGCCAACCAAGCUCUAUCACAGACAGGUGGUCACGGCGACCGAAGAGGGGCCCAUGAUCACCAGCAAUUGUGCUGCGGAAGCACUGCGGGCCUCUCAAGCGUCGUCGACGGCGUACCCGAGUGCAUAAGAGCGACGAGAGAACAACUACGUACAGGCGCCGACUUCAUCAAGAUCAUGGUUGGCGGCGGUGUCGCGUCACCUACCGAUAAGAUUGAGAAUACGCAGUUCACGGCCGAUGAGAUCAAAGCCAUCAGCGAGGUUGCUCGAAGUUAUGGCACCUGGGUAACAGCACAUGCCUACACUCCCCGAGCGAUUCGCCAUGCUGUCGAAAAUGGCGUCACCGGUAUCGAGCAUGGAAACUUCAUCGACAAGGAAACGGCGGAGUUCAUGGCCAAGAACAACGUCUGGCUGACCCCUACGCUGGUCACGUAUGAUGCUAUGGGCUCGGACAAGUAUGCGGGAUUUCUUCCGCCUGAGAAUCAGCGAAAGAACCAAGAAGUCCUCGAGAAAGGACUCCAAUCGCUGAAAAUCGCGUCAGAGGCCGGCGUCACCAUAUGCCACGGUUCAGAUCUGCUCGGGCCGUUGCAGGCGGAGCAAAGCAGAGAGUUCGGAAUUCGGCGGCAAGCUCUCAGCAAUAAGCAGGUCCUACAGUCUGCAACCGUCAAUUCUGCAAGGAUGCUUCGGCAGGAGAACUUCCUCGGCCAGAUCAAAGCUGGAUUCGCUGCGGACUUGAUCAUUCUGAACGAGAACCCGUUAGAUGAUGUCUCAAUUCUGGAUAAGCCGGAGCAGAAUGUUUUGGUCGUGAUCAAAGAUGGAAGGGUUUAUACCAGUCGAUGGAGCAAACUGCCCGAGGACGUUACUGAACCGGCUACUCUUAUUGAAUAG